AUGCCACCAGCGAAGUUACGAGGAUUUUCUGUAUCACAACUUUGCGUGAUCGAUGUUUCAGCAACAAUUAAAAUGUUUUCUUCUUUCGUCUUUAAGAAUAAAACUCAAGAGAGAAAUGAAUUUAAAGUUACUCAUGUAAGGGAUCGAAAGCUCGCAGACUCCACAGAAUUUCUCGUAAUUUAUUUCUUAACUUCAACGUGCCUAUGUGCAGAAAUUAAUUCAGAAGCUACUACGAAGCAGAAGAAUAAUAACAAAAUUCAUUCGAUGUCGAGAUGGAAGAUUCACAAAUGA